GUCAAGAAUUCAUGAUUUAAUUCAGGAAAUUUGACACAGUUUCUCAUUCAAACAGAUUCUCCUAAGAGAGUUACAAUGACAAUCAAGUUAUUUUUUGUGAUACUCUUGCUCUUCGGAGCCGUCAAUGUGAAAAGUGCCUUUGGUGAAUCUGGCCUCGAUCUUGAAGAGAUAAAUCCUGACCAGACAGUAGUUGGAAGCGCUGAGGAAGAGAGUGAAGACGCAGAUGAAGACACAGAGCCGGUUUUGAUUGAUGAAAACCAACUAGGUACAGAUCUUGAACAGUAUGAAAACGAAACCAACGACUUAGAAGCUGAGUCUGGUGAGGAAGUGGAAGAAACGUCAGAUGUUUUAGACGUCCUAAAGGGGUUUUCUAUCCUACGAAAACGUCCUAGGGGUGGAAAACAUACUAAAGUUGGAAAACGUCCUAAAGGUGAUAAACGUCCUAAAGGUGGAAAACGUCCUAGAGGUGAUAAACGUCCUAAAGGUGGAAAACGUCCUAAAGGUGAUAAACGUCCUAAAGGUGGAAAACGUCCUAAAGGUGAUAAACGUCCUAAAGGUGGAAAACGUCCUAGAGGUGGAAAACGUCCUAAAGGUGGAAAAGGUCCUAGAGGUGGAAAACGUCCUAAUGGUGGAAAACGUCCUAAAGGUGAAAAACGUCCUAGAGGUGGAAAACGUCCUAGGGGUGGAAAACAUACUAGGGUUGGAAAACGUCCUGGAGGUGGAAAACGUCCUAGGGGUGGAAAAUAUACUAGGGUUGGAAAACAUCUUAGACGUGGGAAACGUCCUCGAUUUGGAUUACGUCCUCGAUAUGGAAAUUUGCACAUCAUGGACAAAGUGGACAAUUGUUGCCGCAUCCGCAAUAUCUGCCUCAGUAAACAUAUGAAGUCCAAGUAUUGCCCCUUCAGAAAACUUGGAGCACUGUUUGACAUGUCUUACGCAGUAAGAUUGACUAAGAAAGGAGGCAAAGAAAAUUUCAAAUGCGAGCCUGUCAGAAGCCGCUGUCGUUACGAACUGUGCAAGUGUAAUACUAAAGCCGUCAAUUGCUUCAUGAGGAACAAAUAUUAUCCAGAAUACGCGGAGAAUGACCCCAAAAUUUGUGAUUCACGUGGCGAACUGCGCUUUCGUAAGAAGAAUAAGAUGCAGUCUUAAAUGAUUCCAGU